CAAACACCUGGAGCUUCCGGAACCGGAUCUACGGGACCGUACACUACCGUCAAAGCCCAAGAUCUACCUCCUUAUGAAGAGAUGAUCUUCAUGGCCAUUGCUGAUUUGAAGCAGGAAGGAGGAAGUGCACCCAAGGCGAUCCUGGACUGGGUUCAAGCUUCCAGAGACGUUUCGUGCCUCCUGUGGACAGGCCAUCUCGAAGGCAGCAAAAAAAGGGCGUCUUUUGAAGGAGGGGGCCAUGUACAAACUGAAGCCCGGCUAUACGUACCCAAGAAGGGUACCGCGUGCUGCGGGAUCAACGCGCGCCCGAUCUCAGUCCCAUAACUCGGCUCUUCCUCCAAGCUUUCCCGCCAUAGGUGCACCAUCAGGCACCAGCUCUAUGACCCAUACCUACGACCAUAUCAAUAACAUUAUUGAUGCAAAUUUAUAUGGCAUGCUGCCAAGUCCGACCUUCCAAGUACCACACACCCAUGGCACACCAGGCUUUCCAAGCAACCCAAUAACAGGAACACCACAGCCCGUUCAGCAGCCCGGCCAGCCGUUCAAAUUUGAUCCUCGGUCGACAGUAGGCGUAGGUUCUCAAAAUCUGAAUACCCGGGAUGCAGGCGGCAAAAUGGACGUGAAGGCGACUGGUAGUGCAAUGGGGUUGGUCGGCUUGGGUGUCACCAACAUCUCCAGCGGAUACACAGGCGAAGGCGACUCAGAUAAUACCCAGCGCUCAUCAAGCAUGUCAUCCGUCUCGUCAAGUCAACAUUCCUUUACCGGUGCUUUUCCAGGAGGCGAUUCACUGUCUCCUCGAAACCUACAAACAUCACGUUUGCAGCAGCCGCAGCAGUCUAUAGGACAAGGCCGAUCUUGGAUGAUGCCUUCUGGUAACAGCGCUGGCAAUCAGCCUCAGGGUGGGCUCGUAGGAGCAGCCCCAACAUCGACAGGACACCCCCUUUCGAUUGUGACAGGCGACGUACAAAACCAGAGCAUGUUCCCGGGACAAAUCAUGCAAGGCCGUGUUGUUAGUAGCACCGCAUCACCAAUGCAGUUUACGACACCAUCCUUUGGGAGCCUGGGAUCGAUGACCAUGGCCGCGCAGGGCCAACCGCCUCAGUCGCACUCGCCUUUUCUAUCGCACGAUGCACUGGCCAUGAACACAGCUCUCGCCAACCAGACUGCGUCUCGGUCCGGAGGACAACCGAUAUUUUCAUCGAUUUUCAUCCCUCAAAACCUCCAAUUAACUCAGCAAGCACUUCAACAGCCACAAAAGCAGCUGUAUCCUGGACCAGGCGCCACGCGCUUUUACGGGUCCCUGUCACUCCCAGCUUCUCCUCAGGAUAUAGCACCCCAAAUGUUGUCGUCCCCACAGUUGUUCAGAGAAGCGAUCAGGAUGCAACCGAAUUCAGCGCUUGGAGGUGUCCAGCAGAACAUCGGCUCUAGUCACCUCGACGCCUCCUCGGGUGUCCGAUUGGCGCCCAAUGUUGCGAACGACGGUUCUAUGCGGUUUCCACAGACAGUUAUCCCAUUUAAUAACGCGCCCGGACCCAUGCUACUCUACCCGCAGCAAAUGCAGCUCGGAUUCCAAAAUCCACAGCAGCAACAGCUACAAGAUCAGCAACAGCAGCAGCAGCAACAACAGCUACAAGAUCAGCAACAGCAACAGCAACAGCAGCAGCAGCAGGCACACAACCAACAUAUGCAACAACAACUCGGUCAACAACAACAGCAACAGCAAUCACCUCUCCCCUCUAAUACAACAAACACAGGUCAACGAAAUCCUCAACAUUCAAUGGAGGUUCAGUCGGGAUCGACGACUCAAGACUCUUCUUAUUAUACGGGUUCAGGAGAGAAGUCCCCAAUGGACGGUUAAAGAAAGCGUUUUUUUAGACCAGAUCAUUGCCGCACUUACGAACUUUUUUAUUAUUAUUUCAGUCCACCUUUGUCCAUGUCUGUUAUAUUCUGUUUCAACAUUAUCAUCACCUGCAUCGUCUUUGCCCAAGUUCUUUUUACAUCAUCUUCUGUUUUAUUUCAAUGCGAAAAUGCAUUACUCUUUUUUUUUUUUUUUUUUUUUUUGU